AUGGAGUCAUCAAGGCCAAAGCUCCUCUUCCUCUGCUUCAUCUUCUUGGCCUCCGCUGCCUCCACCACCGCCCACAUCGCCGAGUACGAUGAGUACUGGGAGAAGAAGGCGGCGCUGGCCCGCGCCGCGUCCCAAGCCGCCUACAACCCCAACCCCGAGUCCGUCGCCAACACCUUCAAUGCCGAUGUCCACAGGGAGAUGGAUAAGGCGGAGGUGGAGCAUGCGAGCACGAACAGCACGAGGAGAGGGCUGCGCGGGAGGAAGAAGAAGGGCGGGCCGUGCGUGGCGACGAACCCGAUCGACCGGUGCUGGAGGUGCCGCGGCGAUUGGAACAAGAACCGGAAGCGGCUGGCGAAGUGCGCGAGGGGGUUCGGGCGGCACACCACCGGCGGGCUGGCCGGGCGGUUCUACGUCGUGACCGACCCGAGGGACGACGACAUGGUGAACCCGCGGAAGGGAACUCUGCGGUGGGGCGUGAUCCAGAACCGGCCGCUCUGGAUCAUCUUCGCCAAGGACAUGAUCAUCCGCCUCAGCGAGGAGCUGAUCGUGAACAGCAACAAGACGAUCGACGGCCGCGGAGUCAACGUCCGCAUCGCCAACGGCGCCGGCAUCACCAUCCAGUACAUCCACAACGUCAUCCUCCACAGCCUCCACAUCCAGGACAUCACGCAGGGGAACGGCGGCUUGAUCCGCGACUCCGAGACGCACUACGGCCUCCGCACCCGCAGCGACGGCGACGGCAUCUCCAUCUUCGGCUCCACCAACAUCUGGGUCGACCACGUCUCCAUGUCCAACUGCGGCGACGGCCUCAUCGACGCCAUCAUGGGCUCCACCGCCAUCACCAUCUCCAACUCCCACUUCACCCAGCACAACGAUGUGAUGCUGUUUGGAGCUAGCGAUGCUUACUCGCCCGAUGCGCUCAUGCAGAUCACCGUCGCCUUCAACCACUUCGGGAGAGGUCUCGUUCAGAGAAUGCCAAGAUGCCGGUGGGGAUUCGUCCACGUCGUGAACAACGACUACACCCACUGGCUGAUGUACGCGAUCGGCGGCAGCAAGCACCCCACCAUUCUCAGCCAAGGGAACCGAUUCUUCGCUCCACCAAACAUCCAUGCCAAAGAGGUGACGAAGAGAGAGUACUCGCCGGACAACGUCUGGAAGGACUGGAGCUGGAGGUCGGAAGGUGACCUGAUGCGGAACGGGGCGUUCUUCGUGCCGUCGGGAAGGGACCCGGACAAGUCGACGUUCGACCAAAAGGAUCUGAUCAAGGCGAAGCCGGGAACGUUCGUGGCCAGGCUCACGCGCUACUCGGGCUCCCUGGACUGCGUCCGAGGCCAGCCCUGCUAAAUGCAUGCAUCAUAUAAUUUUAAUUGUAAAACUUGUAAUUGAUAUUUAAAUGAUAAUUGAUUUCAAAGCAAAU